AUGUUAGGAAUAUUAGCUGGAGGUUUGCAGGAGAGCAGAAGGAAUUCUGACGAGGAUGGAGAACGAAGUCGUAAUAGUCCCAGACGUCAAGGUUUAAGGAAGUUUGGUGCUUCCUUCAAACGCAGAGAUCGAAGCAGGAGCAACAGUACCACAGAAAAUCUACCUGCAAAAUUUAUUCGCACCACCACCGUCAAACCUCAUACGUUGAACCCUAAAUGGAACGAAAAGUUUCGCUUGGAUAUAGACGAUGUUUUUACCGAAAAAUUGCAUCUCGACAUAUGGGACCACGAUGACGAAACAUCCGUGUUUGACGCUGCACGCAAGUUAAAUGAAGUAUCUGGUCUGAAGGGUCUGGGAAGAUACUUCAAACAGAUCUACCAAUCAGCCAGGAGUGGAGAAAAUAUUGAUGACUUCUUAGGUUGUGUCACAAUACCAGUGGAGGAAAUUCCUCCAAAUGGUUUGGACAAAUUCUUCCCUCUUCAAGGACGCACUGCUCGGUCAACAAUUCAGGGACAGAUACGACUAAAGUUGAGCCUGGGAACGAGAGAAGAUCGAAUGGUGACUGCUGACGAAGAUAAUUGGAGAGAAUUCGUAGAGCAUCAAGAGUUGCUAUGGUUAUUUAUUGAGCAUGAACUUAAAAAUCACCAGGGUCCUAGUUACACGUGGGCAGGUGAUCUUCAAACACCAGCACUAACGAUCUUACAUCAGCAUGCCAUCCAAGGAGAUAUAACCGAACUACAGAAAAUACUUUGUCGUUGGAUAAUGUACGCCAGAAAACACAUGGAGGUUUCGUUGGAUUAUGCUUUAUUAAAAGAACUGCUGGAGGAUUUUAACACUUCGUGGAACAACUCAGAGACUCAACUCAGUAAAGACGAGGAAGCCGCACUAGUCGAAUCCUUCAACUUAUUUAUUGACUUUUGUCUUGCUCGAGUCCGCAAACACCGGGAAAUAUUUCCAUGCAACAACAAGCAGGCUCAGCACAAAUUUACUUAUUUGCUCAAAUGCAUCGCUCUGAUUCACAGUAUGAAAGUUUUUAAACGUUGCUGCCCCUUUCGUCCCACCCUUCAUGUGGAGAUAAUAAAUACACUGAAGAAAGGAACAUUAGAGUGGUUUGACACCAUAAUAUCCUUUAAUGAAUCCAAGGCACAAACGGUAGAGGACAUUCUUCAUGGAUUAAUCGAACUUGUCAACUCUAUUAACUCCGAUGUACAAAAAGGUGCUAAUUGUUACGAUCAUGUCUUUGAAAGCAAUGUCGAAGUCAACUAUACAAGUGUGAUUUAUAAGAACUUAGAAAAACUGUCAGCGGACCAUGUUUCCAAGAAAUUACAUGAGAUAGGAGAAACCACUUGUAAGAGAGCAGAAGGCAGAAACAAAACUUCGAAGGCAGAUGGAGGGAAAGAAACUCAAAUAAAUAUAAGCACUGCUAAGUUUGAACUCUAUAUGUCACUCCAGGAGUUCGUCCGUUUUCAAGAAAAACUACCAUCAGAAGACAAGAAACAUCUCGUUAUAUCCAAUUAUUACACAUGGUUCACAGACGCCAUCAACUUAUGGCUCACUGUUGCUAAGCUGAAAGCCAAAGAAAGAGUGAAGAAAGCAUUGGAGCUAGAUAAGAAGAUUCAAAGUGUGGAUUCUUCAGUGAAGUACAGUACUUCCUCUGUGGACAUUGUUGCGUGUUUUGCUCAGAUCAAAGAGUUUUGGUUUCAGCUCUCCUGGCCAGAUGUUUUCUCUUCUUAUCCGUUUAUCAUAAAAAUCCUUGAGGUAAUCUGCAGUGGAGCAACAUUUUAUGCUAAUCUAUGCUACCAGAAUGUGGCAGAUUACAGUGAAGACAUCAAAGAACAGCUUUGUAUAGCGAUCAACAACAUAGAGCACGUGAGAACAGCUCUUAAACCUUUGUUUGACGAUCUUGGAAUAGAAAAAAUAUUGAACACUAUAGCAGAAAGAGAGGGAGAAAAAACAGUCAGUCAGUGUCGCACUGCUGUGAACAACUUACUUCAUAAUGCUGAGGAAGACAUCUUAUCCAAGAUACAAAACAUCGCUAAUUCUGUAGCUGAGAAGAUGCGGCCGGAUAUCAAAACUCAUAUCUUUCACUUGGCUUGGACCCCAGAAAAAAUGGAGGCAGAUGUUGCUCCACUAUUAGAUUACUUAGACAGUAAUCUGAAGACCCUUUACAACAGUCUGUUUCGCCCUAACUUUGAUCGCAUUCUGGAAUCCAUUUGGAGAAUGGUGUUACAAGAACUCACCUUUACUGCUAGGAAUAACAUCGGGGAAAAAAUGACCUUUUUCCAACGACUUCUACAUUCGUUGAAAGUUCUUGUAGAUUUCUUUCAUGCUGGUAGCAUAGGUUUGCAAUUAAAAGUACUACACAAUCCUGCAUAUCAGCAACGACUUCUGGAGGGAGAUUAUGGGUAUUUAACUGUAAAAGCUGUUUUUAAUCCUGGGUCUGACAGUCUUUCUAUUGAUGUGAUGAACGCCCGAGAUUUAAGACCACUGGAUCCUAAUGGGUUCAGUGAUCCUUUUGUUAUAAUUGAGUUGGUUCCUCGUCACCUUUUCCCUGACUGUCCACGGCAGAUGACCAAGAUUCAGAAGAAGACAUUAUAUCCCAUCUUUGAUGAAAGCUUUGAGUUCAAUAUUGCUGCAGACCGCUGUAGGCGAGAUGGUGUAGCUGUGUGUUUCGUUGUUAUGGAUCAUGACGUAGUGACAAGAAACGACUUCGAAGGUGAGGCGUAUCUUCAAUUACAAAGAAUUCCUGGAGUGGAUGGGCAAUAUGUAAAAGACCCAGCAACAACAGAGUUGUCGCUGAUGCAACCGAGAGAAAAAAAUGAAAUCAUCAACGCCUUAGAGGUUCGAACCUGGGAUAAAACAGCUCAAGAAUUUGCCAAGGAACAACGUGGUAAACGACCUUAAUGACACGAAGAUAUUAUCCCCACUUUGAACAGCAGUUCCCUAAUCUUGUCCUUGGAUAUCUGUAUAUCACUUACGUCAGCUGAGACAGCAAUUUCUUCUCUCUUUGCCAAUCUCAUAUUUCUCCACCUAUCUUUCAAUGUGCCUCUUGGAGAUUAUAAACUGUGUUUCCACUAUGUGUACCUCGAUUUUAUGGCCAUACAUGUACAAGAUCUGAUUUGAACUGAGUGUAACCUAAUACAAAAUUCAAUAGAAAACAAAUAUAUUUGCUAACAAUAUUACUUUUGAACUUGAAACACGUAUUUAUAUUAAUUGUCGUACACUUCUGGAAUCAUUCCUUCAAAUUAUCAGAAUAACUUUUAUUAAAGAAAAAUUAUGAGUUGUAUAUCAUAGCUGGAAAAGUCUUAGUGUAAACUUGAUAUAUCUUGAUAUUAAUGUUUCAUAUGAUAUGCUUUAUUCUAAAUUCAUUUUAUGAACAAUUUAUGCAUGCUUAAUGUUCUGGUAAUGUAAUUAGUAUUUUCCAUAUGUUACUAAGGAUUCUUACAUUUGGGGUAAAAAUGUUGAGGUUUAAUUGCUAUUUAUUCCUAGUUUAAUUGUCUGUUUUAUGCUAUUUAUUAUUUUGUUAUGAAAAGUCAC